GCUGCCGUCGCCACACGCCAAAACAGCAGUCCUCCUCCACGUCCAGAAACAUGCGCCCGCUUACGAAACCCGCGAUCUCCAGAUGAGGCUUCUCAUCCAGUAGAACAGGAGGACGCGCGCUCUUUCAGUCAUAGACUAUCCCCGUUGCGUGAUAUGUGAGUCCCAAAAAAAAAACAAAAACUCUCGGAACGCAGAUCUCUUUUCUCUAACUCUGUCCAACCAUGGCGAUGGUACUUUCGAGUCAGAGCCGCCUCCUGGUGGCUCUGUGUCUUUGCCUCCUCGUGCUUGCCGGUGCUUUGGCCGUCGGCUCCUUCGCCGGAUGGUUCCACCAACACGACAUCCACGAUCCAAUACCUGCACGCCUCCGUCAGGGUUUCAAUAAUGAACAUUCCCUUUUACCAGACGAUUCAGAAAACGAUCUGUUGCUAGACGUUGAACGGGAUGAUUUAGAUGAACAUAUUUUCCCGGAGGGCAGCGGAUCCGACGGGCUACUGGCAUUUCCGCCUCCCCCGCCCCCACCGAAUGGACCAAUACAAUAUAUUGGCCAGAAAGGAGAUUCAGGACCUAGGGGUCCGCCGGGUGAGUCGAUCAGAGGUCCUCCGGGACCGCCUGGUCCUCCCGGACUACCAGGAAUUCCAGGAGAAGCACUUGGCGGCGCAGGGGGCACGUGUAGUUGCAAUAUGACUAGUCUAAUGAAUUCAUUUAUGAUGCCAAAAAUGCUCCCGGGACCUUCGGGUGUUCCCGGGGCGGAAGGUAAAACGGGCCCACCCGGUAUGACCGGACAACCGGGUGUUCCCGGGGAAAGGGGCGCUAUUGGACCGCCCGGCGAAAGAGGAGAUCGUGGGGAGAGGGGCUCUAUGGGCCCGGAAGGUAUGCAAGGACCGAAGGGCGAAUCAGGACGCGACGGAAUACCGGGACAAGCCGGACCUCCGGGUCCUCCUGGUCCUCCAGGUCCAGUCGAAUUCGAAAACCUAGACCCAAGCUGGAAACCCAGAACUUCCUUCAAGGAUGCGGUUUUGGGUGCCGGCGCCAUAAGACCCGGAACUCCUGGUAACAAAGGUGAAGCCGGAUUACCUGGUAGUCCCGGAUUAAGAGGUGAGCGAGGUUUGCAAGGCACCAAAGGUUCUCGUGGAGAAUCCGGUUCAAAGGGAGAGCGAGGAGAUCGCGGAUUUCCAGGAGAAAAAGGACCACAAGGUCCGAAAGGAGAACCGGGAAAUCCCGGUUUGGAUGGUUUACCCGGUACACCCGGAGCAAAUGGAAAGAACGCGGAGAAAGGCGAGAAGGGUGAUUUUGGACCACAAGGUCCUCCUGGUCCGCCAGGUUUACCCUUCGAAUUUGGUGAUAAGGAGUAUGCUAAAACUGUAAUUGGUCAGACAGGACCUAAGGGAGACUUAGGUGAACAGGGUUUGAAGGGAGAACGAGGUGAGAACGGUGAGGCUGGUAUUCCCGGCGUUCCUGGUAAGAAUGGAAAUCCGGGGAUGGCUGGAGAAAAGGGUGAACCUGGAAACGGUGGUGCUCUUGGACCUAUUGGACCACCAGGACUUAAGGGCGAAAGAGGUGAAAGGGGUCCUCCGGGACCGAUUAGCGUGGUGGACUCGAACGCUCAGUUCGUGUCGGUUAAGGGCGAAAAGGGCGAUCUGGGUAAAAGGGGAAGAAGAGGUAAACAGGGACCGCCAGGACCUCCAGGGAAAACAAGUGCAGUCGGUGAAAUGGGAUUGCCUGGCUGGAUGAAUAACUUCAAGGGAAGGAAUGGAUCCCCCGGCAUUAAAGGAGACAAAGGUGAUUCCGGCGAUGGAAAGGGUCCGAAGGGUGAUAGGGGAGAUCGCGGCACAGAUGGAACUCCCGGUCGUGACGGAUCCCCAGGUCUGCCCGGUCCACCAGGAAGUGAAGAUUCUGUGCGUUACAUCCCAGUACCGGGACCACCAGGUCCACCAGGAGCACCCGGAAUGCCGGGCAUCUCAUUAACAGGCCCUAAGGGAGAACCGGGGGUGUCGCCCUACGGUGAGCCGAUCUUUAACUUGAGACCGGGACCUAGAGGUAGUUUGGAGGAGCUGAAGGCGCUGAGGGAAUUAAAAGAAUUAAAAACAGGCAGGGCUACGGCGAGUCCACCUGUGGAACACGAUCACGGCGUAUCCACUCGCAUCGUUCCUGGAGCAGUCACCUUCCAAGAUAGAGACGCGAUGAUGAAACUGACCAGCGCCAGUCCUGUGGGCACGCUGGCUUACGUAAUCGAGGAGGAAGCCCUUCUGGUCAGGGUCAAUAACGGAUGGCAGUACAUCGCACUGGGAUCGUUGAUUCCUAUAACCACCCCUGCACCGUCUACAACGAGCAGCCCUCAAUUACGUCCGCCGUUCGAAGUCAGCAAUUUGAUUAAUCAUAUCCCUAAGCAGGCCGACGUUCCCAACUGGUAUCCGAAAAUGCUGAGGAUGGCGGCUCUGAACGAGGCUUACACUGGAGACGUGCACGGUGUGAGGGGCGCCGACUAUGCCUGCUACAGAGAAUCCAGACGCGCCGGACUCAGAGGAACCUUCAGGGCUUUCCUAUCCUCACGUGUCCAGAACGUCGAUUCCAUCGUCAGACAGGCCGACCGAAAGCUGCCUGUUGCCAAUCUACGAGGCGAGAUACUAUUCAAUUCAUGGAUGGAGAUGUUCAAAGGAGACGGAGCUCCGUUCCCUCAUCCUCCGCGCAUCUUCUCCUUCAGCGGGAAGAACGUGUUGACCGAUCUCUCCUGGCCUAACAAAGCUACUUGGCAUGGUGCCCUCGUCAAUGGGGAGCGCGCCCUCGACACAUCCUGCGACGCCUGGCACGCCGACUCUCGUGACAAAGUUGGUCUCGCAGGAUCACUGCGCGGCCCCAGACUACUCGAGCAAUCCUCCUAUUCGUGUGAUAAGAAACUCGUCCUGCUGUGCAUUGAAGCCACCAGCGAGAUAUCCCCGCAGAGAAGGAAACGCAGCGUUAAUCCCGACAGCGAGGACUUCUAUACUGAAGAGGAGUACCAGCAGCUCCUAAGUGCCAUCGUCUAAAGCGAAUUGAAGAGAGAAGAUGAAACCAAAAUUAUUUUUUUAUUAAUUUUAUUUCCUUUUUUUGUACAUAUAUGAUAUACAUUAAUUAAUUUAUACUCUCGACGCGCCCUUACAUUUAUUAUUUCUUAAGUUCUUCUAUACUUUAAUGCUAUAACUAAUGUGUGUUUUUUUAUUGUAAAAAUUAAUUUGCGUUCUAUUCUAGUUAUCGGAUUUAGCCGCUUUCACCCUUAGGUAAAAAGAAAGUGAGAGAGAUAAGGGUCGUGUGUUUUACGUGUGCGCAUUUCUUGAGUUUCGUUGCAAAGGGGGUGAAACCUUGUAAAACCAAUUUGCUCAAUAAGUCAAUAUUUUAUAAAUUAUCCAGCCGCGUUUUACCUUUUGCGUGACCGGGGUUUUCUACCCUCACCCGUUAAUUAAACGGAAUACACCAUAUCUCUUUAUACAUAUGAAUACAUCCUUCAUAUUCGUGUAACUAUGCCCCUUGUUUUACUAAAUGUUAUUCUACUUAAUAUAUAUGGAAAAUUACUGAAUGGAUUGGUGAAUAUACUUGUUCGAUGUGCGUAUGAUAGAACCGUCCCAUUUGGACGCGCUUCUCGAUGUCAUUCAUAUCUACAUUGUGUUUUAUAUACCCAUGUUUUUUUUUCUAACUCUUCUAUUUCAUUUUUAAUAUACUACCGAUCCCGAUGUAAAUGUA